GCGCGAGGCCUGCCGGGAGUUGUAGUCCGUGGGACUGGACUGGGGAUGCCGGGAAGGACCAGAGGUCCCAGGCUGGGAUCGGCGGUUGUGUUGGCUCCGCACAGCUGGCACCAUGUCCCGCGUGUUGGUGCCCUGCCACGUGAAAGGCACCGUGGCGCUGCAAGUGGGCGAUGUGCGCACCUCCCAGGGCCGGCCUGGCGUGCUGGUCAUCGAUGUCACCUUCCCCAACGUCGCACCCUUCGAGUUGCAGGAGAUUACAUUUAAGAAUUACUACACAGCCUUUCUGAGCAUCCGUGUCCGCCAGUACAGCUCGAUACACACACAGGCCAAGUGGGUGACCUGCCUGCGGGACUACUGCCUGAUGCCGGACCCACACAGCGAGGAGGGAGCUCAGGAGUAUGUAUCGCUGUCCAAGCACCAGAUGCUGUGUGACGUGGCUAGAGUGCUGGAGCUGCGCCUGAUUCUGCGACAGCCCUCGCCCCUGUGGCUGUCGUUCACAGUGGAGGAGCUGCAGGUCUACCAGCAGGGAGCAAAGAGCCCCUCCAUGACCUUUCCCAAGUGGCUUUCCCACCCAGCGCCUUGUGAGCAGCCCGCUCCCCUCCUGGAGGGCCUCCCGGACCCCAGCAGGGUGUCCUCGGAGGUGCAGCAGAUGUGGGCGCUGACAGAGAUGGUCCGGGCCAGUCGCACCUCCAGGAGGAUCGGCCGCUUCGAUGUGGAUGGCUGCUACGACCUGAACUUGCUCUCCUACACUUGAGCCGUGGCUCUUCCCCGAGACGUUGACCCUCUGCCCGCCCGGGCCUGCUUGGGGCCGUCAGAGGCCGAAGUGCUUCCCCUGCAUUCCGAGUAUUGCCUGCAUCCCCUGCUGCCUGGGCCACGUCCACAGAGUCGAGAUUCUUGGGGCUCACUGUGCCGCUUCAGCAUGAGCGCUUGGUGUGGGGUGCACUCUGUCCUCACCUGACUGUGACCCGAAACUCCUUUCCCCGCCCUCACGACACUCCACUUCCACUUACUAAGAACCCCUGCGUGCCCGGGGCCCCUCCUGCCAACACGCACACUGCUGCCUCUGCUGCUCCCUGCCCUCAGUGGGCCAGGCGCCCUCCUGGCACCGGCCCUGUCCACCCUUGGGCGGCUGCUGUCGCCACGGCACUCUAUUUUUUACAAGAAUUUUUUAGUUUAUUUAAGCCAAACUGACCACAUGCCAGGAAGCAGGACCUCAAAUGCUCUGCAUGGCACUGAGGCCGGAAGCCUCAGGGAGAAGCAGGAGCCCUAGUGGCCUUCCUUCCCUUCGUGUCUCGCCCACAAAGAGGCCGUUCCUGUCCGAACACCUGCUGCCUGCCUGGGAGCGGAGCUGGCGACCGGGGCCGCAGGAGCCCUGGUCUCUGAGCCGGCUCUUGGGUGUGUGUUCAAAUGGGUCUGCCCACCUGGCCUGAGCAGGAGCCUGUGGCAAGGCCGGGGCCUGAGGAUGAGCCCUCGGACCUGCUUGCCAUCUGACCCAGCCCAAGUACAUCCUUGUCCCAUCUCCCAGCCGCUUCCUUCCAAAAGUCAUACCCACGUGACGGGCUCAUGGUGGGAGGUGGACCCGGCCAGGGUUCUCACUGGGACCCUAAAAGGCUGAGGCUGAGGCUCUCGGCAACCCCCCGGCCAGUGCUGAGUAAGGCAGCUGCUGCUGUGUGUGUGUGUGUGUGUGUGUGUGUGCAGUGUGUGUGUGUUCUGGCUUUGCCCUGGUGGCUGUAGGAGGCAACAGGGCAAGUGUUGGACCUGGAAAAGGAGGUGUUUGUGUGGCUCCACAGCUUCCGGGGAAGGUCAGCCGCCUGGUGGCACCUUCUCUCACUGGCAGGGUUUUUACCCGCGGCCCCUCAGCUCCAUUGACUUAGCUCUGCUCAGCUUUUGCUAAUGAGGCAGGUCCCCGCACGGGGCCCAGUGUGCAGCAAGAUCAAUAAACACUGUGGAAUGCA